UAAGUUAAAUUAGUCUUAUAAGCUAAUUGAAUACAUCCAACAUCCAUUUGGCAAAUAGCAUAUAUGUGAGGAGUAACUUGUAAUGUUAUUGUAGUUGAAGUUAGCAUGUGUGCUAACGUUAAACUGUAAAACCACAGUGUAAAACGUUUUCUAACCUUGUGUUUUAAAUUGGUUCUGGUGGUCCUUCUGAAAAUAAUCAUCUAAUUAAUUAGAUAUUAGGCCUUAAAAACGGGUAUUUUGGGGGGCGUGCCUGUUUGAUUGAUAUGCCUGGUCUGCAAUGAUUGAUCAGAUUGAGCAGGCCGGGAGGUCGAUCACCAGAGGGGAGCUUGGGUCGUGUGUGCAUCGUAUUGAAUCAGUUGUGUUAGAUUUCUGUUAUUUUCCGUUUAAUCAAACUGCGUACACAACAGCUAAAACCACCAUCACGUGUCAUCAUAACAAGUCCAGAGUCAGGUUUUUCUACAAAGAGAAAGGUGACAUCUGUGAGGAAACAAGGUCAAAUGGGAGGUUCACUCUCACAGCCACCAACAGCAGCUUCAACAUGUCCAUCAGUAAUGUGUCCUCAGAGGAUGCUGGUGUCUACUGGUGUGGACUGGAAUCAAAAGACGGAAAUCAACAAACUGCCCUCAGACAAAUACGACUGGAGGUUAAAAAAAUUCUUAACUUCAGAAGAUCCCCAAUGGUUGGAGAAACCUUCACAUACUGGUGUGAUUAUAGGAGUCAAACUGCUUAUAAUUACAAAUUCAUUUGUAAGGGAGAAGAUCCGUCUGUAUGUGAACGUCUAGUAAGCACCCAACAUAACAAGAUGAACAACGGGAAGUUUUCCUUGAAUGACGACAGACAGAAGAGAAAUAUCACCAUUACAGUGAGCGCUGUAACAGCAGACGACGCUGGGACAUACUGGUGUGGAGCAAAAAGCUUUAACAAAGAACGCAGCAAUCCAUUCUUCCACAGAUUCAUCAUGACUGUAGAAACACCACCAACAACAGCCCCAUCCACAUCUCCUCAUCCAUCGACCCACGGCAGGUUUGAAGUAAUCAUUACUGGGAUCGUCUGUGUAGCUGUGCUGCUGCUGCUGAUGCUUGUGCUUAUUUCGAUCCUUAUCUACAAACGUAAGAGAGUUGAUUUUCACAAACACAAGACCUGGAGCAGCAGCGAAGGACGUCAGAGAGGCUAG